AAGGAAACUGUCAGCAAUGAUGCACUCUCGUAAUGCUUACUAGAGCUGAACAGUAUAUAUAUAAGUCUGUGCAAAAGAGGCAGCUAGGCAGAUCUCAGGAUCCUCAAGGCUUGCCAUAGUUCCAGAAGAGAGAGUAGCAGGUCUUUCCGCAACUGCUACAUAUCACUUCAAAGUAUAAAAAGGCAAUGAAAAUGAAAAGUGUUUAUUUUAUUGCUGGGCUUCUUUUAAUGAUAGUUCAAGGCAGCUGGCAAAAUCCUCUUCAGGAUACAGAGGAGAAAUCAAGAUCAUUCAAAGCUUCCCAGUCUGAACCAUUAGAUGAAUCUAGACAGCUGAAUGAAGUGAAACGUCACUCACAAGGUACAUUCACCAGUGAUUACAGCAAGUACUUGGACACUAGACGAGCUCAGGACUUUGUGCAAUGGUUAAUGAGCACUAAAAGAAAUGGCCAACAAGGACAGGAGGACAAAGAAAAUGACAAAUUCCUGGACCCGCUCUCAAGCAAUGCGAUCUCCAAACGUCAUGCUGAAUUCGAGAGACAUGCUGAAGGCACCUACACCAGUGAUAUCACCUCUUAUUUGGAAGGUCAAGCUGCCAAAGAGUUCAUUGCUUGGUUAGUGAAUGGACGAGGAAGAAGAGAUUUCCCAGAAAAAGCUCUUGUGGCCGAAGAAAUGGGCCGAAGACAUGCAGAUGGCACUUUCACGAGUGAUAUCAACAAAGUCCUUGAUGACAUGGCUGCCAAAGAGUUCCUAAAAUGGCUGAUUAACACAAAAGUUACUCAAAGGGACCUUUUGGGAGAAUACCAGUAAAAAUGCAGAAUAAAAAUGGGAUAAAUGAAGAUCUUCAUUGCAUCAACUGCCAGUUAUUAAGAGAUUCUGAAAUCUGUAUUCUGCCAUUUACAUUGGGUGUAACAAAGCUAUGUCACCUUGCAUGCCAGGAAAUAAUUGUACUAUAGUUUAGUGUUGCCAAAGGUUUAUAUAUGGAAAACUUAUUGUCUAAGGGAUGGUUAUCUUAACAGCUUUAAGACUAUGAAAGUUCCAUAUCUUCAUAUUUUCCAUUUAUUAGGACUGAAGUAACUCCAUUUAUAUUUAAUGAUAAAAUUAUUUUUCUAAAAAGUUGACUUCUACACACAAAGGAUUCAAUCACCAAUUAUAUGUGUUAUUUGUAAGGGGCUGGCAGUUACAAAUGCCUGAGAAGUGAAUAUCCCUCUUAAAACCUUUGUUAUAAAAAGGCUAAGCUUUAAGGAUAUUAAAUGAUAGCCUUAAAUAAAUUUUUUCAAGCUUC